AUGACGCUGUAUUCUUCCUCACUCCUCAUCCCACUCCUCGUUGUCCUCCUCUCCAAGAUCACAUUAUGCCUGGCCGAGUUCAGAACCUCCUUUGACAACAUCACACACGGCCAACCCUUCCAACUAGCCUGGGACGAUGUCGACCCGAAGCACUACCCGCUCUCUGUCUACGCCCGGCUGAUCAACCGCACAGUGGGCAGCCAGGCCACUGGUGUUAUGAUGAACAUUACAAAUGCAAUCACCACGGGCUCGACAUAUCUCUGGCCCGACGUACCGUAUCCCCUGCCGUACCUGAGCACGGGGCUCUACUCGGUCGAGAUAAGGUCAUCGGUAGCAGACAAGGAAGGGACCGACGCUGUCGUCUUGGCCAAGUCGCCGUUCUUCCCCAUUUUCGAGCCCCGGCCGGCCGGCCCUCGCACGUCCUCGCGUCCCAAGGCACCAAAGGGAAGUGCCGUGCCUCAGGACGGCCCGGAGACCAAAAUCAUCGGCCCUACCAACAAGUUGGCGCUGGGUCUCGGUCUCGGGUGCGGGAUCCCGUCCGCCAUUGCGAUGGGCUUUCUGAUCCACGUUCUCGGAAAAAGACGGGCCAAGAUGCUCGAGGAGAAGCGGCGGAAGCAGCGGUUCGAGUUUGUGAUCCAUUAG